AUGGAGGAAUACAAGGAGCUGAAGAAACAAGAACAGCAGCUAGUCGGUCUCAUGAAUGGGAUCGCGCGCUUCGUUCAGAACUUCCAGAAAGGAAAGCACGAAACCCAAGUAGAUGUCCGCCUGGAAACCCUGGAAGAAGCGAUGAAGAAGUUCUACAGCGUUCGACGGAAAAUCGAGCUGUUUUUCGACGAUGAAGACAGCAGUGAAGUAAAGAUCGCCGAGAACACCCGAGCAGAACGAGAGAAGCGGAAGAAAGGUUUCGAAGAGUCGCUGUACACCAUCCAGGAGCAGUACUUCGAAGUUAAGGCCGCGUUGCUUCAGCUGCGUCCAAAGAAGGAAGAACCACUAACCAGCAACGUCCGGAAUGUCGUGGAAGCGGUGCCAAUGUCCCGAGUCAAACUGCCGGACAUUAAACUACCGAGCUUCGGUGGAAGAAUCCAAGAUUGGACUAGCUUUCGAGACACCUUUCGGAGUCUGAUCCACAACAACCAGCAACUGGCGGAAGUCGACAAACUCACCUACCUGCGAUCCUCAACCACAGGAGAGGCGCUCCACGAGUUGGCUUCGCUGGACCUUACGGGCGACAACUACGAGGUGGCCUGGAAGUUGCUGGAGAAGAAGUACGAAAAUAAAAAACUUAUCGUAAAAGCCCAUCUGGACGCGUUGUUUGCUGUAGAACCGCUUCGUAGAGAAAACUGCGAAGCGUUGAAUCACCUCAUCAGUGAAUUCGACAAGAACCUGCUGAUGCUGACAAAAAUCGGGGAACAGCCAGCCAACUGGUCGACGAUUUUAGCAUAUAUGGUGUGUUCUCGUCUCGAUUCGUCGACGCUUCGAAAUUGGGAGACGCACCACAACAGCAAGGAUGUUCCCAAGUUCGACGAUCUGAUGCAGUUUUUGAGGGAUCAGUGCGCAGUGCUGCAGUCAAUUGCUCCUGCGAAGGUUCACGACGUCGACAAACGCCCAACGCCUCGGUUCUCGACGACGCACACGUCAGCCCAGUCGCAGCGGCGGUGCUUGUUUUGCGGAGACACGUAUCAUCUGCCGUUCAAGUGCAGCAAGCUGCAGAAUAUGAGUGUUCCUCAGCGGGUGGAGCAAAUCAACAAGCAGCGACUCUGCAGAAACUGCUUCGCGGCAGGACACUUCGCCGAAGGAUGCUCCCGAGGUUCGUGCACCCGCUGCGGACGAAAACACCACACUAUGCUUCAUUUCGAGAGGCCGUCGAGCAGCAGUUAUGCAGCGAAGCCACCAGUUCCCACUAGUGCCCCUCACCCCGUUCCGCAAGCGCAAACCCGACCAAGUGCAGCUCCAGCAGCACACCAGCAACAGUCACAGCAAAAUCGUACGAAACCACAAAGCCAGACACAAACAUCAUCCACUCAACCAGCCACACAAACACAACCCACAUCAUCAUACCCGGUGAUGCGCUCACAAAACACUCACCCACAACCCACCACUGACCCACAACCUGCAAUCUCCCUCGAAACCACUGAAUCACCACACGGUUUUGGCACGACAACUCGUCAAGUGUUGAUGUCAACUGCUGUCGUGAAGGUGGUGGACCGUUUUGGCAACACCGCGCUAGCCAGAACGCUUCUGGAUUCGUGCUCGGAGUUCUGCUACAUGACCAGUAGCUUUUCCAAGAAGUUAAAGUUCGAGGCGAAGCCAAAUUUCCUGAAGGUGCAAGGUAUCGGCAACAGCAGCGCAACCUCCACGAAAUCUGUGGAGGCAAACAUCGAACCAAGACACUCGUCAAUUUCCUCGUUCGGUGAGCUGAUGCAGUUCCACGUUUUGCCGAAAAUCACUCAAACGUUGCCGCUCAAACCUGUGCGGAUGGAAUUACUGGAGAUUCCCUCCGAUGUGGUUCUAGCGGAUCCCACGUUCGGAGAGCCCGGUCCGGUCGAUAUGAUUAUUGGGGCGGAGUUCUACUUCGACUUACUGCGGACCGGAAGAAGAAAGUUGUGCGAUAGAGGACCGACGUUGCAAGACACAGUCUUUGGCUGGGUCGUCUCUGGAAGGAUUCCGGAAGUGGCAAGCUCGCUGCCCACAACAGUCAACUACGUGUGUUCGACGGCAGACCUCCAGGAAAUGAUCGCCAGGUUCUGGGACUUGGAGACCUGUCAUGUCAACCGGACCCAUUCAGUGGAAGAAACAGCCUGUGAAGAAAUGUUCAAGCAAACAACGACUCGGGACGAAGAAGGCCGGUUUGUGGUAAGCCUGCCAAAGAAGGAGCACAUGCUGGAGCGAUUAGGAGAGUCCCGUGCAAUAGCCAUGAAGCGGUUCAUCGGCUUGGAGAAGCGGUUCGCCCUGAACGCCGAACUUAAGGAGUCCUACAAGGAGUUUAUCCAUGAAUAUCUCCUGAUGGGCCACAUGAAGGAAGUUGACGGAGAGCAGGCCAUCGGAGAUCCGGUGUACUACAUGCCGCAUCACGCGGUGUUGCGACCGGACAGCACAACAACAAAGUUGAGAGUCGUCUUUGAUGCGUCGUGUCGGACUUCUAGCGGCAUCUCGCUCAACGACGCUUUGAUGGUGGGGCCGGUCGUUCAGAACGAUCUGAUAUCCACAAUUCUCCGAUUUCGUCAACACCGGAUCGCCGUCAUCGCCGAUGUAGCCAAAAUGUAUCGGAUGGUCCGGGUUCCAGAGGAAGAUCAACAUCUACAGCGCAUCCUUUGGAGAGACACACCGGAGGAAUCGGUGAAGACGUUUGAACUGCUGACGGUCACGUACGGCACUGCGAGUGCUCCGUAUCUGGCCACAAGGUGCCUGAAGAAGCUGGGAGAAGACAGUGGACCUACGUAUCCGAUUGCGGCUCGGGUUGUCCAAGAAGACUUUUACGUCGACGAUAUGUUGUCAGGAGCGGAUACCGUCCCCAAAGCACGGCAGCUGAUGAACGAAGUCAUCGAGCUGACUAACACGGCUGGGUUCACCCUGCGAAAGUGGAACUCAAACUCACCGGAGCUGCUUUCGACCUUGCCCAAGCAUCUACGAGACGAGCGGUCAGUCCUGGAUCUAGACUCCUCAAGCGCAACGGUCAAGACUCUGGGAUUGCGAUGGGACACUCAGUCCGACGAUUUUUGCUUCACCUUCCCCGAGUGGAGAUCCAAUUCCACCUCUAUCACGAAGCGCAGUGUUCACUCCGACGCUGCUUGCUUCUUUGAUCCACUGGGCCUGGUUGGGCCAGUUGUAGUCCAAGCGAAAAUCUUCAUCCAGCGGCUGUGGCUGCUAAAAUGCGACUGGGAUGAUCCUCUCGACGAGUCUCUGCAGGAAAUGUGGACAGAAUACAAGCAGAACAUGGUCGCAUUAGAGUCCCUAUCGAUUCCCCGCUGGCUGGGCGUCAGCGACGACUGCAUAGAAGUGCAGCUACACGGGUUCUGCGAUGCAUCGGAAGCUGCAUACGGAGCGUGCCUGUACCUCCGUUGUACUGCGUCGGAUGGCACUGUCACUGUCCGACUGAUCACCUCCAAGUCACGAGUAGCACCUUUGGAAAGCCUCCAGAGGAAAAAGAAGAAGAUGAGUAUCCCCCGCCUCGAGCUGUCCUCGGCACUUUUGCUGAGUCACCUGUACGAGAAGUACAGCCAGAUCCACCCGAACCUUCCAGCGUACUUCUGGACAGACUCGAUGAUUGUCAAGUGCUGGCUGGCUUCGCUACCCUCUCGGUGGCAAGUCUUCGUAGCAAACCGCGUAUCGGAGAUCCAGCAUCUAACCAAGGAUGGAGUUUGGAGUCAUGUUCCGGGCACCGAUAACCCGGCAGAUCUCAUCUCUCGUGGAAUGUCACCAGCACACCUUCAGUACCAAACACUUUGGUUCGAAGGCCCGCAGUGGUUGGCUCAAGACCAACAGUUUUGGCCAGACGCAGGUGAUCCCCCCAACGCCGAAUUGGACUCGGCCAUGCUGGAAGAACGACCAACACCUGCCUUCCCGGCUCAAGCAGUUCAGCCGAGUGCAAUCUUCGGCGAACGAUCGUCGUUCACAGAACUCGUCCGCAUCGUGGCACUGCUGCUUCGAUUUCGGCACAACUCGCAAAAAUGCAAUCGGUCGUCCAGGAAGACUGGUCCCUUGUCGCUUGCCGACCAGGAGCAGGCAACUAUCGCUCUUGUUCGCUUGUCCCAGCAGGAAUGCUAUCCGCAGGAGCUAAAAGAGUUGGCCAAAAAGGGAUCUGUCCACGACUCGUCCAAUAUCGCUGCACUGCAUCCACAACUUUGUGACGGCGUGAUGCGCGUCGGCGGCCGGCUCUCUAAGAUCGUACGGCACUUCCACUACAAGCUCUUUCACGCCGGUCAGCAGCUGCUGAUUUCGGCGGUCCGCGGAAAGUUCUGGCCAGUUCACAUCCACAGUUUGGCCAGGAAGGUGAUUCACGGAUGCAUCCCGUGCUUUCGCAGCAAGCCCAAGGUUUUGGACCAGUUGAUGGCUGAUCUUCCGUCAGCGAGAGUCAACCCUGCACCACCGUUCAUGAACGUCGGCGUGGACUACUGCGGUCCAUUCCAAGUCAACUACUCCAAUCGUCGAGCGAGUCCAGUGAAGUGCUACGUAGCGAUUUUUGUCUGCCUAGUAGUGAAGGCCGUCCAUCUGGAGCUGGUGAUGGACCUAACCACCCAAGCGUUCCUAGCAGCGCUGAAACGGUUCGCAGCUCGUCGCGGCAAGCCCCAAUUGAUAAUGUGCGAUAACGCAACGACCUUCGUCGGAGCGAAACGGGAGCUAACCGAGCUGCAUCGACUGUUUCACGACCAGAAGUUCCAAGAGCAACUUAUCAAGGACACCAGUUCCGAUGGCAUCGAGUUCCGAUUCAUCCCUCCCCGCACGCCAAACUUCGGCGGACUCUGGGAGGCGCAGGUCAAGUCCUUUAAAGGGCACUUCAAGAAGGCUGUUGGAACAAAGGUUUUGAAGGUGGACGAAAUGUUGACUGCACUGGCGCAGAUCGAAGCGGUCCUCAACUCACGUCCGCUAACCCCAAUCAGCAGUGAUCCCAGCGAUUUCGAGGCUCUAACUCCAGGGCACUUCCUGGUUCAGCGACCCCUGACUGCCAUCCCGGAGCCAGAUUUGCAGGAUCUUCCCACCAAUCGCCUGUCGAAGUGGGAGAGUGCUCAGCAGGUGGCGCAGCAGGUCUGGAGGAGGUGGUCUACGCAAUAUCUCUCGGAUCUCCACAACCGCACCAAGUGGACGAAGCAACGGAACAACAUCCAAGUCGGCACAAUGGUUCUACUGAAAGAUGAGAACGCCCCUCCACUGAAGUGGCACUUGGGUAGGGUCGUCACGGUUUUCGAAGGUUCGGACGGCAAUAUUCGCGUCGUCACGGUUCGCACCAAAGACGGAUGCUUCGAUCGUGGGAUUUCGAAGAGCGUCGGCGGUGACCACAAGGGUCAUCGCAAGUUAAGAAAUAAGCUAAUCGUUUGCAAAUCGUCGGUAGCACCACAGCGCUCGCUACCAUCUCUCACCGGAGGAAGCCAUGGUACCCCUCCAACAGCCGUCGUCAACUGGUUGGCAUUGGGCUUGGCCAGCUCAUCCUGUCGACCAGGGCUCCGAAGGCACGAAGCACGAAGUCAACGAAGGGUGGUCAUCCGACCACAGAAGAGUCCACGUUCCGAGAACACUGCCACCCAGGCGACCACCAUCCCACUCUACGAAGGAUCUUCAGGCACCGUUUUUGCCUGGGAAAUCACCAACCAAACCAUCACCAUACGCACCACCACUACGAAGUACCGCAAGCAGCAAGGAAGGAAGCCAGCCAUCAACCGAUGGAGUGGCGCAAGGUCGUGCCAGACGAUGACCCCGAUCGAUCCGAAACGAAGCACCGUAAAGCAGCCCAGUAAAGCCACCCCGAAGUCCCCGAAGCAAGUCCAAUCAAGCCACCAGAAGAAGAGGAAGCCAUUCUCGCUGUGCAUCCGCACGGCAUCCCUGGAGAUCGCCCCUACACACAGGAAGCGCACGUGA